GCGAGGGAGGCUGUUGCCAUAGAAACCGCGUGAGGCCAAAACCGGAGAUGGCGCCCCUCGCUGAGGGGAGGUGAGAAAAAGGCAGCAACAUUGUGGCCUGAAGUAAUCCGAGGUCCAGUUUAGUGCCGGCGAAUAAUAGAGUGCCAAUUAUACACCCAAACUGGUAUCCCAAAGUGUGGAUAAUGAAAUCUGCAAAAUUUGAAUACAGCCUCAACGCAUUGGUCUGAGCCUCAGGGAUUCUCGUCACGUAAGUGGAUGUAGGGAAUGUUAAAGAUGCUGGAUGGGGUGUCAGUCAAAUAGAAUGCUAUGUACUGAAUGGUACUGACCUUAUUGGACGUUGUUGGAGGGGCAUCCAUCCAGUCAAGCGGAGAAUAUUCCAACACACUCCUGACUACUGCCUUGUAGAUGGUGAACAGGCAUUGGGGAGACAGGAGUUGAAUUGAGUGACUCUACACCAGGAGGAAGAACAAUUACCAACAGUUGAUUUCAAAAUGGCAUUUGCACCAUCCAAGAUCAUGAAUGGGCCUAAAAUGCAGACUAAGAUGAGCACGUGGACACCCCUGAACCACCAGCCCACUAAUGACAAGGUCUUUGAAGAAAGAGGAGAGUUACUUGGGAAAUGGUUUGACAAGUGGACUGAUGCACAGCGACGAAAAAUUCUUCUCAACUUGUUUGAAAGAUGUUCUGUCUCUCAAUUGAAAUUCUGUGAGCAACAUUUGCGUAGCAGAGUUCCUGUAGAAGCUCUUGAUUUUGCUUGUUUCCUGCCCAGAGUGCUGACUCUAUAUAUCUUCUCCUUCUUGGAUCCAAGGAGUCUUUGCCGCUGUGCACAGGUAAGCUGGCAUUGGAAAGACUUGGCUGAAUUGGAUCAACUUUGGAUGCCAAAAUGCCUGAGACUGGACUGGUACAUCAACUUCUCACCAACUAUCUAUGAACAAAGAAUCUGGAAGAGACACUACAUUGAGAUGCUGAAAGAACUGAAUGUCACCAAACCAACGACUCCACCCAGAGAUGAGUUUAUUGUGGUGGAUGUCCAUCCAUUACCAAAGAAUCCUAUGGAUCAGAAGCAGCUGAGAAUUACAGCACCUCGAUCCUUGCCUGAAAAAGCGCGGCUCGAGCUCCCACCAUGGCGUGACUCAGACCGACAUCCAACAGACACCAUACGCUUCAACUACCUGGACAACUGUGAACACCCUGGACAAAAGAAAGGAGGCAGAACCACCCCUACUCUUGGCCAACAGGCUUGCAACAGAAAGAAGCAUCCAUCAGCAAACUACAAAAUGAGGAAAGCGAAAUCACUGAUGUCCAUGUCACUUGACUUCAGUGUAAAUCAGAAACACCAAGUGCGUCCUCUUUGGGCACGUCAAAGUGCAGUGGGGGAUUUUAAUUCCGAGGAGGUCAAGGCACGAACUCAGAGUUCUGACUGGAAUGCUGGCAUUCGCCCUGCGCCAGUUCGACCUGCCAUACCAACAAUGAGCGAGAAGGGGCAGAAAGCGAUAUUGCGGACCCAGAGAAGUGUUCCUUCAUGCCCACUCUUUGAGAGUCAGCCGUGGCAAAUCCCAGCAUCAAACAGAGACUCUGAUGAAGCAGAAUGAGAGGGAGAAAGCAGCUGGAGCAGAGACUGUAAACCCAUCAAUGGACUGAGUCAGUAGACACAGAAUGGAGAGAAGUGGGUGAACUACACUGAGGGAACUGCUGGAUUGAUGUGUUACGACCUCCUUUGAUCAUAACAUGAACUGCAGCACUUUGAAACUCCUGGUUUCAUUUGAAUGAAAGUAGGAAACAAAUAUAUGAACAAAAGACCAUGUGUCUAUGAAAUGUUAAAUUCAAUUUCCUUGUUUCUCUUGCCCCAUCUAAUGUUGAACUUUGCACAUCAUCAGAUAUGUUAGGAUAGGGUGCAAAGAUAAAAAGAUAGGGACUAGAGGGGAGAAAUGAAGCCUAAUUAAACUGCCUUAACAGGGGGUUUUAGGCAGAGUUAGCUGAGGCUUGAAAUCCUCAGGUGGGGAAACUGAGAGGAAUGUAAUGGCCACAGUAAUUUUUUUUUCAGCGCUGAUGUCUACAAUUAAUUCCUUCCAGCCACAGAGACCAUGUCUUUACACAACAUCCAAAGAAGCACAGAUUGUGCUGGACUUUUAAAAGUUAUCUCAGCUCUACCCUCUGACCGGUAUGUUGUGAUAUAAUGGCCAAUGCACCAGUGUGAAUUACAGAUGAUAAAAGUGAGGAAAAAUAAAUGUGACCCCCAUACCACUCCUCAAACCCCUACUUUCCCCAUCUUCCUCACCACAUUGCUAGUAAAAAUAUUCUUAAAAAGCUCAUUUUUAGGAUGUGAGCAGCCCUGGCAAGCUGCAUUUACUGCCUAGCCCUACUUACUGCAGUCGAGGGACUUUGAAAAGCCACUAGUUAAUUAAGAGUCAAAUAUUUUGUUGUGGAACUGCAGUUGCAGAAAGGCUGAAUCAGGUAAAGAUAGCAGGCUUCCUUCCCUGAAGGACAUUAAUGAACCAGCUGACAAUCUAGCAGCUUCAUUUUUCGCUUUUCACUUAACUUUUUUAAAAAAUGUGUUCAAAUGCACACGAAACACUGACUGGACUUUUAAUUUGCAUUUUUAAGAUUAUUAUUCCAGUAAUUUAACUCAACCAUAGCUUGUUAGGAUUUAUUUUAAAUGCUGGAAAUUACAGCAGGUCAUUGCAGCAUCCACGGAGAGAAAGAGAGCAAGCUAACAUUUUGAUUCUAGAUGACUCUUCAUCAGACUUCAUCAGUCAUCUAGACUUGAAACAUUGGCUUGCUGUCUGUCCAUGGAUGCUGCCUGACCUGAUGUGAUUUCCAGCAUUUUUGUUUUCAGUACAGAUUCCAGCAUCUGUGAUAAUUUGCUGCUAAGAUUUAUUUAUGUACACCUGCAUCCCAGGCUGCCAUCCAGAGCCAUGAGCAAUGUUGUUCACCUGCCCAUCACUUGAAGAAUACUUACUGAUCAUUGCCUGAGAUCACUAAUUACCGGCAGUUUGGAUAAAGUACCAGCAUUUUGUACUGCUGACUAAAGCUCUUCAGUCAGGAGUUACUGGCCAUUGGAAGAUUAAAUGGAUUUUGUUCCAUGAUUAUAAAACAAAAUGGGAGAGCCUUUGCCUUAAUUAUACCGACACUGUAAAAAAAGAGUGAGGAGUAUGAACUAUCCAUGAGGUUGAAUUAACUAUGAAAAGACAGGUGAGUAGCCAGUACUUACUGGAAAUUUGGAUGAAACCUAUCAAUAGCAGCAAUUUUCAAAUAAGUAAUAUCAAAAUGCAGUAUCAAGUCAUCAAGUGCCAGAUUAUGUUGAUUCAAUAAUAGAAACAGACCAGGCACUGAUUCAUGAGCAGGGAAUAAAAGAACCUUUCACAAUCUUCGGCCAACCCAAGACACUUUAUAGCCAUGAAAUCAUAAAAUAUGGAAAAUGCUGCAGGCUUUGUAUGUAUAACAAUGUUCCUCAUAAGGAUGUGAUAACCGUCAGGUGAUCUGAUUUUUUUUCCCAGAUGGUGUUGGAUUUUGGAAUAAAUGUUGGUCCAAGUAACAAGGAUAAAGUCCCCUGCUCUUCAAAUAGUGUAAUGGAUCUUUUUACAUCCAUCUCAGAGGGGAGAUUGAACCUUGUUUUUAAAACUUCAUCUGAAAGAUAGCACCUUUGACAUUGCAACAAUGCCUCAGUGCUGUUAUUCUUAAUAUAUUCAUAUUUGAUAUUUUUAAAUGUUCAACCAACUUCACUUUGUCAAAACUGUUUAAAAUUACUUUAUUAAAAUUAAUUUAGAUAAUGUUUAGAAAAUUUUACAUUUUAGUUUAACUCUAUAAUUUGAAAGUUGAAAAAUUUGUAAUCUCAGUUUAAUUGUAUCCUAAUUUUAUUGGCUUUAUUCUGUUUGGGUGGCGUGCUAUGCAAAUAUAAUCAAAGAAGAAAAUGUUUAACUAUAAAGGAAUGCAUGUAUAUUAUAACUAAAAGAAAAAACACUCAGAAAUGCUGUUUCCUUUAAUGCUUGCCUUCUAGAUUUGUUAACCGUUCAAAUGGCAUUGGAUGCAGGCACAUCUGCUUUGAAACAGUUCAACUCAAACCCCAAUGACCCUCAUGAAAAGUGUAUAAAACUAGAAUAUUAGGAAUGCAUGCAAAUACCAAGAUAUCAGGUGUCUCUUUAAUAUUAUGUAUAUUGAAAUAUUAGGACUGAUUUAUUGUAAGUACUAGGAUCAAGAGCGUCUGUAAACAAGGAGAUAUUGAGAAGGUCUUUAUUGUAAAUGCUAAGAUAUUGGAACGGCUUAAGUGGUAAAUAGCAUGAAAUUAGGCAUGUUUUUAUUACCUAAACAGGAAGAUAUUGGAAGAUGAUGAAUUUCAUCAUUUCAUUAUGAUGAAACCCAAAGUUCUCCUGGCCUUCCUCCCAUUUUAUACUUCCCACAACUUUUAACUUAUCCAAACUUUUGCUGUCUACACCCUAACUCACAACAUGUCUAAUUCAUUCAUCCCCUGUGUUCACUAACUAACUUUGCUUCAAAGUCCAUCAAUACUUCAAUUUAAAAAUUCUCACCCUCACAUUAGGAUCUCUCCAUGGUCUUGACCAUCUUCUUUCUAUAAAAACUCUUUAAAAAUUAGCCAUGUACCUCACUGUGAAAUUGAUUUCGCCAGUUCUGCCCUCAUGAAUUUCCUCCUUUGCCCCAUCAGCCAUCUCGGCUGUAAACCCGAGAAUUCUGAACACCCCCAUCUCUCUCCUUUUAAUACAAUCCUUAAAACUCACCUUAUUAAUCAAGUUUCUUAUUAACCCUUCUAUUUUUUGGUGAGAAUUUGUGCUUAAUUAUACUCUUAAGUAUACUUGUAUACUUUGACAUAUUUGUCACUGAAAAGCAUCUAUGAAUUGAGCAAUGCUUUGAAAUCUUUGUCAACAAACAAAUAGAGAAACGGAAAGAUGCACUUAAGCAUCUCUAUCAGAGGAGGACUUAAUAGAUCUGGAACAUGCUUCCACUCUGAAUCACAAUGGGUAUAAAUGGCUGAAAGUGGAGGGAAAAAUAAAUGGACAGGAACAAAUCUGCAAAGACCAUUAUCUUCCUGCAACACAGGGUAAAUAAAGAAUAAACUAAUUUAUUCAUUGAUUCCAAUGUACACUUUAUAAUGCUGCAAUUUGAUGGUCAAAUAUACAAACAACAUUACAAACAUUUUGCUGUUUUGACAAUGAAACUAGGUUCUCUUUAUUGGUCAUGCUCGGUGGUAGGGAACCGCAUGGAAACAAGCUGGCUGAAGCAAGAACCAAUCUAUUUUAAUCAAAUCCAAAAAUACAAUUUUCUGUAGGCUGGCUAUAGAGCUGAAAACAGAAAAAACAGUUUUAUAAAUGAUAUCACUGGUUACAAUACAUGCAGAAGCUAAACUAAAUACAAGUAAUAUCAAUUAAAAGAGAAGUCAGCCUGAACUGUGUAGUGUGCCUGUUCAUUUGUAGUUGGUCAGGUGGGAGGGGUGGGGGGAAGGCUGAUCUGAAACAUUUCAAGAGCGAGAAAAUGAACUAGUUCUGUUUAGGUAUAUUUAGAAGGCAAUUAAAUUAAUGACAUUAAAAUGCAGAAGGUGUGUCUUUAGCAGACAGACUAACUACAGGUUUCAAGUAAGCAAGCAGAUGGCUCAAAUUUAGAAUAAUAGAUAGAUGGGAGUCAUUACAGCACACUAAUAUAAACAAAGACUUCAAUUUCCUACAAAUUUGUAACCAUCACCCGAUCUUCUCAAUCUUUUCUAGGGCCAAAUUGUUGCCACUGUUAGUUCUAUUAGUAAUUAUAGAACACUAAAGUUAUUUAAAUUAAGAACAAACAUAGAAAUUGCUGGAGAAACUCAGCAGGUCAGAG